AUGACCUGCAGCCCGCCUCUGGACGCCGCCAUCUUCCGCAUGAGCCCUACGGCGCUCCACUACAAUUCCCAGAAGGCCGCUCGCGCUCCCCGCCACGUGUUUUCUCUGCUCGCCAAUGGGCGGAAGCGCCGCGGGGCCAAGCUCAGGACCGGGAGGCUCUGCUCGCGGCCCGGGGGCCGGGGGCGGCCGGAGCGCUCGGUGCGCAGCGAGCGGGCGGCCCCCUCCCGCGCCUGCCCCGCGCGUGCGCUCGGCCCCUCCCUCCCCGGUCCCCUCCUCGGCUCCCGCGCGGCGGCGGCGGCGGCGGUUCCUCUCCUCCCCCUGCCCCCAGCCCUGGCUCCGGGGGACCCCGCGAUGCCGGUGCGCACCGAGUGCCCCCCGCCGGCCGGUGCGUCGGCCUCGUCCGCGGCCUCGCUCAUCCCGCCGCCGCCCAUCAACACCCAGCAGCCCGGCGUGGCCACCAGCCUGCUCUACAGCGGCUCCAAGUUCCGUGGCCACCAGAAGAGCAAGGGGAAUUCGUACGACGUAGAGGUGGUGCUGCAGCACGUGGACACAGGGAACUCUUACCUUUGUGGCUACUUGAAGAUUAAAGGCCUCACCGAGGAGUAUCCGACCCUCACGACCUUCUUUGAAGGAGAAAUAAUCAGCAAAAAGCACCCUUUCCUAACUCGCAAGUGGGAUGCGGACGAAGAUGUGGACCGGAAACACUGGGGCAAGUUUCUGGCUUUUUACCAGUACGCAAAAUCAUUUAAUUCAGAUGACUUCGAUUAUGAAGAGCUGAAGAAUGGAGAUUAUGUCUUUAUGCGAUGGAAGGAGCAGUUCCUGGUCCCAGACCAUACAAUCAAAGACAUCAGCGGUGCUUCCUUUGCUGGCUUCUACUACAUCUGCUUUCAGAAAUCGGCUGCCUCCAUAGAGGGCUACUACUACCAUCGGAGCUCAGAAUGGUACCAGUCCCUCAACCUGACCCACGUUCCCGAACACAGCGCGCCUAUCUACGAAUUCCGGUGACAGCGGGUCCGGCCGGCAUCCCAAUAAAAAUGAACUUGGCAGAAAAGACCUUAGCCAGGAAACUUGUGUCCCUGCCAGAGCCAGGAGGAGGAGCAAGUUCCCGUCUCUUCGAGAGCAUGGACGAGAACCCACAGAAGCCAGCCGAGGAGCUCGCGCGGGCAGGCGUGGGCAGGCGCGGGCAGGCGGGGCCGCCGGCCCCAUUCUCCCUCCCCUCUGGCAGCCUGGCCUCUGUGUGCUUUUCAGCGACCUUAAAUGCACUUCGUUCCCUGCACAGCUAACUUCUGCAUCCCGGAAAUGCCCACUCCUGCCCGGUCCUGGGCCCCGCCUCCCGCCCAGCAGGUCAGCUCCCGCGUAGCCUUGGUGCUCAGUGGUCCCUCCCCACUCCCCAUCCCCCCUGCCCCCUUUUGCGUGGCCCUGGAGCUGGGGGGGGGGGGGUGGCGAGCUACAGAGUGAGGUGGAGGCCGUGGCCGAUGGGAUCCGUGCCGGGUCUCAUCGGUCUUCGGGGUUCCUGUCGCCUCGUGUGUUGCCGAGGCCAAGCCAGUAGGUGGCUGGCAUGCU